ACGUCAACGGAACACGGCUGUCAGUAUAUAAAUCAGACUCCUAAUUCUAAUAGUUAUAGUAGAGCUAAGAGCCGUUGCGGUAUACUGAGUAAUACGCAGCAUUUAUUCAGAGUUUUAUUAUUUCGUUCAAUACUAUUUACAAGACUAAUUUAUACAUUUAAAGGAUUUCGCUAUCAUGGCUUCAAAUGGGAAUUCCGAUUGGUCAAGAAGCGUUGCCACGGGAACCUCUGACAGCGCGGGGUUUUCAUCUUCGGCUAAAACAGCAUCGGACAAAGUUUUCCUUGAAAUUUUAGGCUUUUCCGAGGGGAAGCCUGAAAGUUUAGCCUCCACGAAACCACCAAUGGAGAAACCAAAUAGCUUCUCCGCCAAAUUACUAAAUGGGGCUAUCGCUGGAAUGGUUGGGGUCACUUGCACAUUCCCCCUUGAUUUGUGCAAAACCAGAUUGCAAAAUCAAGGAAGUGGUCAACGCAUCUAUAAGAACUUUUUGGAUGUCAUGUGGAAGGUUGUAAGAAAUGAGGGCCCGAGAGGACUAUACAAAGGAAUGGGAGUCAAUGUGGUUCUUGUAAACCCUGAAAAAGCAAUCAAACUUGCUGUAAAUGACCAGCUAAGGCAGAAAUUUGGUGGCAGAAUGCACAUUUUACCGCUUCACCUUGAAAUGAUUGCUGGUGCCGCAGCAGGGUGUUGUCAAGUUGCCGUCACCACACCAAUGGAAAUGCUGAAGAUCCAGAUGCAAAUGGCAGGACGUCAUGCCACCACCGCAACAGCAAACAGCAGCCUGGUAGGAAGUAGCUCUUCCACCAAGGCGCACAUCAGCCGGUCAUACGGCACUGCUUCUGUUGCUGUCCCUAGGUCUGCUUUCCAGAUUGCUAAAGACCUACUGCUAACCAAAGGAAUUAGCGGUAUUUAUAAGGGACUUGGUGCUACUCUUGCCAGGGACAUCCCAUUCUCAUGCAUCUACUUCCCAUUAUUUGCCUAUUUGAACCUGAAGAGCAUUGAUAUGCAUGGAGGCAAGCCGCCGCUGAUCUACUGCCUUGGGGCUGGAUGUCUAGCAGGUAUGACAGCCAGUGUUGCCGUCAACCCUCUUGACGUAAUCAAGACCAGGCUACAGCUUCUCAACAGACCCCAAGGAGAGCCAAACUACAAUGGAAUUAUAGACUGCGCAAAGAAGAUCUAUUCCAAUGAAGGUCUGGCGGCAUUCUACAAGGGUGCCGUUCCUAGAAUGAUUGUAAUUGCCCCCUUAUUUGGGAUAGCACAGACAGUCUACUUUGUAGGCGUAGCUGAACGUAUACUAGGGGUUGAUGUGGACUCGAACUGAGGAGUCAUUUAAAUCUAUAUUGAUAAAUGCAGUAUACUAAGCCUGCUCCACUCCAAAUUAUUUCCCUAACAGAAGCAGCUAGUUUUUAUCUUCCAAAAAAAUAUCUCCUUCUCUAAGACCUUUUUGUAACAUUAUAUUUUUGUAGCAAUUUGCAUAUUCUUCUUUUAGACAAGACUUUAAGUUUGGAGUGGGGCUAGAUUGUAAUAUAUAAGCUUAAAUUAAAGAGUUUAAAAAUGAUUUGUAAAUAGAUAAAGAAAUGAAAUGAGAUAGAUAAUAAGAAGUGAUUACAGAGUAAGCAUUCUUAGAACAGUAAAAUGGUGACUUUUUAGACACAAAUUGAAAGGCACCCGGGCAAAAUAUGGUUUGCACAUUUUUUGUAUAUUGAGAAAACUUCUAUUUACAUUUAUUAUUUUGACGCAUUGGCUCUAAACAUAAAAGCAAGAGAGUCAAAGACCACCACAUAGUUCUGGGAACAAGUGUGUAUGGCUUGCUGGCUAAGUCAAAGUGUAUAUAGAUAAAGAGGGUUAUUUAAAAUGAAUAAUUUAUGAAAAA